GAGAGAGAGAGAGAAAGAGAGAAAGAGAGAGAGAAAACAAAAUGGUGGGAUUAUAUAUGGAGGAAUCUCUGGGGGGAAGGGCAGCCCAGCCCCUGAGCUAGAAAAUUCAAGGAUGGGGGCAGGGUGUGCCAGGCAGGAACUGAGGGAUGCUGGAAGAUCUAGGUCUGUGUCAGGUCUGCUUUGGUAUGUAAAAUAUGUACCUCUCAGUCCCUUGUCCUGAGGUCUGAAACCAAACAAUUUUUUGGUAAACCUUCUAGAAUGCUCCAAGUGGUAGAAAAAAGUAAAGUUUUACGGAAAGCCAUGCAAAACUGUAGUUCUUGGUCCAUAUUAAAUAGCAUUAUCAAGGUUCACAUUAAUGUACCAAGGGCUGAGAAACAAAACAAAACAACUUACCAGUAGGGUUGCUGCUUAGUGUGAGGUACUCAGUCAUAGAAAAACCUCAAGAGCCUCAUCUGAAAACAUAUUGCAGAAAUUGUAGCUAAUGAUAAAAGCUUUUUUAUUCUGUAUCGAGAAAUCUGGAGGAUGAAGUUACAUUUGGGACAUAUUCUAGACUAGAAAUGAAUCCUGGAUGGUCAAUGCAAAUUCAAUUAUAGAAUUACUCUUUGUACCAGAUACUCCAAACUAGCAAUGUUCAAGUGAAAAGAAACCAUGAUGCCACACUCAGAAGCUAGAUGUGGAACAUGGGAGAAUUGAAAUCAGCAGCUAGAAGCUAGUGGCUGCCAGUUUAAAAACACAAAACAACAAACAAAAAUAAACCAUAAUAUUGGGGGGGGGGAAUCAAAUAUCAAGAAAGAUCUCUGACCUUAAAUACAUCUCUGAAUUCCAAGCAGUUCAUGGGUUUUUAAAAGGCAAUUUAAAUUCAUUGUAUGAAAAAAUAUGAAUGUUAGAUAAAUUGAGUUGUUAAAAGGGGCACAUUUUGACUAAAACUCAAAAAAAAAAAUCCAAACACCCUAGUUUUAUAGAAAUGUUUAGGAAAAGAUCUUUUAAUAAUCCUGGUUUUGCUCAGUGAGGUUAAUCUGUUGGGAUUAUUUUGUUUAUUGAUAUAUUUUUUUAUUAAUUUCCAUUAUCUUGUUUUCUGUUUAGCAUCUUCUCUCAUGGCUUCUUAAUCUCCCUCUUCUGCUUUGGAUGUUAUAAAUGACAUUCACAUUCUUACUAUUUUGAACUUAGUAUAUACAGCUAUAUAAGUAAAUAGAUACUAAACUCCAAAAAUUACUACCAAAGCCUUCAGUAAUUCUGUCCCAUUAGCUAUAGCAGAGUCCUCUCUAUCCUUGAACCAACCAUUUUAAUUCGUCAGUAUUAUUUAGAUAUUUUUAUAUUUUCCCAUUUUGAACACAAAAUAUUACACAUAAUUUGCUAAUUGUCUCUUUUCAUCUGUUUUCUCUGUCUUUUCUUAUGGCUAAAAAUUAAUUGUAUACCUUUGCAUGUAGUGAUGGUCUCUAAGGAACCUCUAACAUGGUCUUUAUUUUGUCCUCUCACUUGACUAAUUUAGAGAAUACAAAGAUCUAAGUUAUCUUAUUUCAAUAUUUAAAAUAUUUUUAGCACCCAUUAUUGCAUUCCCCUGUCUAACUGAUGGUCCUUAACAAAAAGGAUUUUUAAUCCUCAACUGUUUCAUAAGAUUAUUUUUAUUGUUUAUUGUUAUUACUGUAUAAUUUUUAAAAAUAAGGCACAAAAAAUCUACAGCAAUAAAAGCUAGAAAUAACCUUCAAGGAUGAGUGAACAGAGACUACAAAGAGAAUUUAAAAAAUCCUCUAUGGUUGAACAAAUGUUCUAAAAGUUAUUCUGGAUGACGUUUCCAUAUAUGCAUCCAUUUGUCAAACUUAAACUGAAUAUGUACAUUCCAUGUAUUAUAUAUGUAUUAUUUCUAAUUUUAAAUGUGUAAGAAGGCAAUGCUACCUUGUAGUAAGUGUCCUGCAUAGAGGUCUCAGUACCUUCUGGGAGUAGAGUCAAGUAUUCAGCCAUCAUACUGUAGGAAGGUCUCAGUAGAGUUCAUAUGAACUACUGAGAAAAUUUCUCAAAGAAAAGAAGUAUUGGGAUUUUCAAGUUAUCUAAAUUAUACAGCAAGUUUGCAUCACAGACAGCUACAGCCUCUGGUAUCAUCACUACAGUCAUUGUAAAACAAACCAGUAGCUUUAUGCCAGCACUCUGACUUUAUCAAAUAAAGUCUUAACAUCAUUGAUUAGCCUGCUUCUGACACACAGCCUCUGCAUCAGUAUUUACUAUUGUUUCACUGUUGCAGAAGAGUAGAAUUUGUUGUCUUCUUUUUAAUUAAGGACACUUCUCUGAAGUCCAGAUUCUACUGGCAGGGGAACAAAAUUUGUUCAUCAUUGUGAUGUAGUGCAUUUGAAACAAUCCUGUAAAUAUUGAGAGAUUAUUUUAGAUAAAUAACAUGUCAGGAAUAGAAUGUAUCUGGCCUUUCGGAAAUUCCAAAGACCAGCACGCCCCUAUAUUAGCCUUUCCCUAUAUUUUUUUUUCCUUCAUGUUAUGAGGUUUUUACUCACUGCAUCUAUGAGUUUUAUGCUGUUAGUUUUUGGUAUGAAAAUGUACCAAAUGUCAUUAUUCAAAUCUAGAGAAUUAUAGGUUAAUUCUUUUAAGUUAUAGAGGAAUGUUAUGUAAAUCUCAGUAUAUUCCCCAUUUCUCUUGACUGUGCUUCUAUAUUGUUAUGAUUCCUGCUUUAUGUUGACUGAGUCUUUGACUGCGGAUAUGUACAGUUCAUUGAUCUCUUCUUUGACUAUGACGUUUUCAUUUACCAAUGGGGGGGGGAGGAGUGUUUAUUUAUUGUAUACGCAUGCAUGUGCACACUUGUACAUAUUGUACAUUUGGGAGUCAGAAAAUAACUCUUUCAGGCAUUCCCCAGGAACUCAGAGGCUACUACUUCCAGGGAAGCAGAUAGGCUAACUGCAGAUCUUCACCUCUCCCUCCGUUUCUCCAAAUCCAAUUCCCCCUCUCAUUCCCCAGCCCAACAGCAGAACACCUGCUGCUAGCCUCCCAUCCCCCAGACAAUGCUUAUCCCAGCCCCCAACUCCAGCAGACUCUCCUUGGGAAUCCACGGGUCACUUCUACCAGGGAAACAGACCCCAACUCCAGCAGGCACUCCCUGGGAACCCAAAGGCCAUUCAUUCCUGCCAGGCAAGCAGUCAUUGCUUUAUCCCAGCGUCUGACUCCAGCUGGCACUCCCUGGGAAUGCUCCCACUACUCUGGCCAAGGAAGCAGGUUUUUAUUCAACUAUCUAGAAAAGACACCCAGGACUUGCCAAGAGCUAUCAAAACAUCAUUUGUGAGCAACAGUAAGAAAAGACUUGGAAAAAUUUGAAAGCAGUUUUUCCUAAUAAAAUGAUCGUCUUAGUUACUCUUUUGAGCUGUGUACCAGAAAGCUGUGGCUUCUCUGACCAGUGAAGUAUCAGUGUCCUCGUGUCAGCUUUUCCAGCAGGCCUACUGAUAGAUUGCACUGGAGAGGAGACAUUUUGCAUUAAAUAGUGCCUCAGCAAUAGCUUGGCAAAUUUCCAGAGACUUUUAUCUAUUUGGAAGUUUACCUUCAUCCAUCACUUCGGUAAAGAUGGAUGUAAAGGUAAAAAAUCGGGACUUCUGGUACAGUCUCCAUGGCCAAGUCCCUGGGAUGCUGGAUUGGGACAUGGGGAAUGAAUUUUUCCUGCCUUGUACCAUGGAUCAGUGCUCUUUCGCUGAGCAGAGUCUCGCCAAAUAUAAAAUCCAACUGACAAAACCACCUGCACUGCCUCAGAAGAAGAAAUCCAAUUUUGAUGAUGAUGGUCCUCCCGCUGAACCCAGCUUGUGGAUGUGGGUGAAUCCCAACAUUGUGUGCCCCAUCAACAGCAAGGAGGCUCCAAAUACCAUUCAUAAAAUUCUGCCAAGUGCACCAUUCCCACAGACUGGCGAGUCUGACUACUUAGGGACCCAGAGAAUGGUACAAUCCCUGUCUGUUCUCCACACUGAGCAUCAUCAGCAACAAAAGCUGCUCAUUUACUCCACUGCCCCUGAUUUCAUAGAAGAGGAGACUAAGGAACAGGAAUGUACAUCCUCCAAGAAAUACUCCAAGAAACACACAGUGUGCCAUGGCCCCCACCGGGAGAAGGAGUCCUGGCCACGCCCUCCACUCAACUACAGCCAUCUAGUUGCUCUAGCAUUAAAAAGCAGCCCUUCCUGUGGCCUCAAUGUGCAACAGAUCUACAAUUUUACUCGACAACAUUUCCCUUAUUUUCGGACAGCACCAGAGGGCUGGAAAAACACCAUUCGCCACAACCUCUGCUCCCUGACCUGCUUUGAAAAGGUGCCAGUCGACCUUGAAGAUGAGCCAGAUGGAAAACCUCGCUCUUUCCUUUGGAAGCUCACUGAUGAGGGAAACCGAUUCUUUCAGGAGGACACCCGUGUCUUGGCCUAUGCUCGAAGGGAGAGCAUCAAACAGAGCAUGCGCCAACCAGAGCUGAUAGACCUCCUCUUUCAUCUUUAAUGUUUUCUUCUUUUCUUAUAUAUGUGUGGUAUGUGUAAGUGUGUGUAUGCAUGCUUGUAUGUAUGUGGGCAUACAUGUGCACAUGUGUGUGGAGGCUCAAGUUGACAUUAAGAUUUUUCCCUCCAUUGCUCUUCCACCUCAUUCUUCGAGGCAGGGUCUUUCAGUGAAACCCAGAGCUCAUAGAUACUGUGAGUCUCACUAGCCAGCUUGCUCUCAGGAUCCCCUGUCUGUGCAUGCAUUCCAAGGCUGAGAUUGUAGGCAGGUCCUCAUGCCCACCCAGUUUGGUUUUGGGGAUCUGAAUGCAGGUCCUCUUGCUUGCAUGGCAGGCACUUUAACUGCUGAGCCAUCUCCCCAGCCUCCUCUUUCAUUUUUGAAAGACAACUGCUCACUUUCUGGAACACUGCCCUGCUUACCGUGCUGAAUUAACUUUCACUCAUCCGUAAUCCUGUUUGGCGCCAAGCCUGUCUUUAGCUACCGUUAAGUAGUCAGAGGUGACUACAGGGGAGGCAGAGAUUAAAUCCAGAUGUAGAAUGAUGGAAAGUUAUACAACAGCUGCAAUUCUUCUACACUUUGAACAGAGACAGAAAGUCUUAGGAACCAUGGCAAGCAAUCUAAGGAUAGAAGAGUAUGUUACAUCUAUUGGAGCAAACUUGAAAUAUAAAGGACGAAUAUGAAAUAAACCCAGGAUAUGGGCAACCUUCAUAUGCCAUGUGAAGGUAUAUGUGUAUAAAGUGAACUAAGUUUGAUGUUUAAAGUAUGGAGACUCAAAUACGCCCCUCUACCAUUCAUCUUUUGCAUCUUCUUUUGAAGUGACCCAUUGUAUUCAUCAGAGCCUCACUUUUCUUUCUAGUCCUAGACUUAAGAGCUUUGUUCUAUUGCUAUCCAAUUCCAGCAAUGACAAAUGCAGGCAGCUGUUAUUUGUUUGAAUAUUGAAAGUCCUUACAUUGAUUGUGUAUUAACACUAAGCUUUUUGAUGACAAUGCAUUGGUGCUCAUUUGUGUUUUUCACCAAACGUUAUUUGAGGAACUGUAAGGUUCAUCUUAGGUGUUAAAAGAUAGAAAGCAAACACAUAUUUGUAAGGCAUCGAUAUUUAUCUGUGAUAAAACAGAGGUGCGAAGUUGCCAUGGAAAUGGUGAGACAUCCUUCCUGGAAACAGGAAAGCAUUAAAAAUGAAGUGCCUUUUGAGCUAGAUUUGAAGAACAAAUAGGAAUUUGCUGAGCACAUAAGCUGAGAAGAAACAUUAUACGGGGGACAGUGUGAAUAGCAUUAACCAGGUGUUUGAUGCAUUCUAGGAAGACAGCUACACAAGGGUCAGGAGCCACUGUAAGAAAGGUAACCAAACUGCUUUUAAGUUGUGCUUACAUGUUAACUAAUAGACAUAAUUUGUGCAUUGCUAAAAAGCACAAACAAAAUACCAACAUAACAAAUGUUUCAGCCUUCGGCUUUCUAAUUUUAAAAUUUACUUUUUUUGUAGACACUAAGUUCAUGAAAUGUAAAGAUAGUUUUUGUCUUUUGUCUUAAUUCAUUUUUAAAUGUAUACCAAUACUUAGUAUGUUAAGUAUGUGUUUAGUUGCCAAGCAUUCAAUGAGAGUAUAAUAUGUGUACCAUACAAAAGCAGCUAAUUUAAUAUGAUCACAACAAGGGAGACCUUACUUUUUAAUGGCUUAUUACAGCAGAUACAAAACUGUUUAUGUUUAAUUGCAAAGGCUGCAUAAUUCAGCAAAGUCAUUUCCAAAAGUAAUUGUAAAUGUCAUUUCUGCAUCAUAGUUACUUUGAAAAUGUUGACAAAACAGUCUGGAAUUAAUAAAAUUUUCUACC